AUGAACAGAUUUGCCGACUUGCCCAAACCUUUUUCGGAAACCAGGCCAGAAGAUCCAUCAGAGUUGUUCACUUCUGUUGUUCCAUCAUACUUCCUUGUCUCAUGGAUUCUGAACCAGUGUGGUUCAACAGAAUUCACAGAGUGCCAACCUUCAGUGUUGUUUAUACUCUUGCCACUGUCCUUUCAUCUAUUCAUCCUAUCCUUUUCCUUGGUUGUGGUGUUCUGCAAGUAUGCUGUUGUUGGGACAUAUGAACACAUGAAGAUUGAAAUUCUGUCAUGGGGUUACCUUCAUUGGUGGUUCAUUGACAGACUCAUUGAGGUUUGGGAAUCAAUUGCAGGGCAAUUUGUUGUUGGGACCAAGUACAUUUGGGUCUUCUACUGGCUGCUGGGAGUAGAUCUGUCAUGGUCAGCCAAGAUUGAAUCCUACAUUCAUGAAUUCGAUCUUGUCCAAGUAGGUUCCAAUGCCACUAUUGGGCACCCUCUAAAGUGCAGGAAGUUCUCUCAAUCCAAUGAAGAUUGCCCUAAAAUGACCUUCCAACCAAUUAUGAUUGGAAAGGACAGCACAAUCUCUGGCAUGGUCAGCCCUGGAGCCAAGAUUGGAGACGGAAGCAAGGUUGUGAAACUAUCUGUGGUCCAAGAGAGAGCUAUGGUAUCAGAUGGUGUCCUUGCUCAAGGAAAUCCAGCGUACAAUGCUGGCCCAUUCAAACAUCAAGAAGCAAGCUAUGCUGAAGAAUCUAUGUUAGAUGUCAUCAAGAUAGCUUGGACAAUCUUUGAAGCAUAUCACUUCUUUGCACUUUCCUUUGUGGUUCAUGCCACACUCAGCAUGAUUUUGCCUUCUUGGCGAUACAGUGGCAUUGUUCACUGGAUACUGUUAUUUCCACUGACAUCCUUCCUUGCUCUGCUUACCAGCAUUGCCCUCAAGUGGCUUUUGAUUGGAAGAAGGGAUCCAUCAGAUGAUUAUGAGAGUUCUCUGUGGCGUCGAGCAACUAACUGGGCAUGUGACUUCCACUUUCACAUUGCAGCUUGGCCCAUCACUCCAUUUAUUGGUCAUUCAAAACUCUGGACUAUCAUCCUUUUUCUCCAUGGAUUGGAUGUUGACAUGGUUUCGGAGCUGAAUAUCAACCCUUACACCCAAUCCACUCCCUCCAAGGUUGACUAUUUGAAGAUUCACAACUCCUUUGUUAGCACCAUCUAUCUCGAUUUGAACCAUGAAUGUGUAGAUUCAAAGAUUGAUAUCAGCAACAGCAGCAUUGGCUAUGGAGUGAAUCUUCGCCCUGGUAUCAGAAUUCAAAAUUCUGUACUCCCUCCAAGAGCUGAUGUGUCUGAAAGUGUCAUUGACUUAAACCGAUCGGGCCUGGCAUUCCGGCCGAGCUUGAUUUUGGACAUGGUCUUACCAGAGUGUGCACAACUGGGGUUGAAUGUUGUCCUUUUUGCCUCCAUCAUACCUUCCUUUGAAGUUGGGAGUGUGGCCACAACAAGCUCAUCAGGCAUUGGUGCUGUGCUGGGUUUGGUUGCUGCUCUUGUGUUGCAGUUGGCUAUAUGGAACCUCUCCUCUAUGGCAGUUGAAUGGAUACUCUUGAAGCUACCUGGUCGUGCCCAGCAAGCUUUGUUUGGGGUAUACAUCAACCAUGUUUGGAUCUUCCGGGUUCGAAACUGGCUCAUUCAGCUUCUGUAUGGCACGCCCAUGUUUGGCUGGUAUGCGAGCAUGAUGGGUGCUGAGGUUGACGGUGAUCUCUGGUUUUUUGGUCAUACGCUAUAUGAAUUUCGCCGGCUCCACUUUCGUGGCUGCAUUAUUGUUGACAGUUCUUAUGUGAGUGGCCACUUUGUUGAUGGAAAUGGGCUAUCCGUUGAUGACACUGUUGUGUCUGGAGUUCUCCAUCCUGUGUGUGUUGCUAUUGCAGGCUCUGUUGCAUCUGGAGAAAAUGGUCCUUGGAAGCUAUUCUUAACAAGUGGUGAUGGAACCAAGGAAUCACCACAACCACCACAAAGGGAUGCCAUCUCCUACCAUCUUGGUUCAUCUCUUUCAUUGCCUGCGGGCAACACUCCUGCCGAUAUCAACCAUUCAAGUCAAGGUCUCCAAGGUGCCACUGAUCAUAUUCGUAGUGAAAGUCUCAAUGGCUACGCAGUCCACCAGGACCCGGAUACCAGGGAACUUGAAGUAUAAUGAUAACAGCAAUGCUAGAUCUAAAAACAAAGAGUCUUUCAAAUGGAUAUUAUCCCCCAUUGACGGAUCAACACUGUGCCGCAGCCAAAGCCUUGAAUAACUACGCCCAGCCGAAGUGAGACCAUGUAGAACGACUACCGUUAGAACUGAAGCAGAGCUGUGUACUUGUGGUGAAGGGGGAAUUACUUCCAGGCGCACCUGGCGAAGGUUUCUACAGAGGCUUUGUAGCCAGCUAAAAUAUGCUGCCUAGCACGAUCCAUGAAGGCUCUUCUUUUUAAAAAGAAGGGAUAUGGGUGCCCAGGAUUCAAAAUGUUUGCUGAGAGAUGCGGCGAGUUCUGAGGGAAGUACAGGCCAUCUUAUUGAAACUCAGGAGGAUGACUCUGUCCAUCAGGUACCAAUUGAGUUCGAUGUGUAGUUCGGUAGGACCAGCUUUAAUGAACAACACUGAGCAGCAGUAUAUUGCAACCAUCAACUCCUCUGGGUGCUGUACGAUAGAUAGUUGACUUUGACACCCAGCUAGCCUAGUGAAUAGACCGACAGGUGUUUGAGUCAGGGAGAACCACUGCUGAG